GCGCGCGGUCCGUCGCCCGGAGGUGAGCGGGGCCAGGUGGCGGAAGUGCUGGCGCCUUUUACAUUCUCUCCCUCAAAAGAUUUCCUCAGACUCGCGAGCCCAGGUGUGGAGCCUUGGCGGCUUCCCAACUGCUUUUGUCAAUCAGAGGACUUACCUAAGAAUUGGGGCUUUUCUUACCACAUGGACCUGACGAACAAUAGGUUUUUCUUCCUUCAGAGACCCCAUCCCCACCCCACUCCAGUCAGAGCCGGCGGGCCUGGGCUCGGCUUCUUGGCGGCGCUUGGCCAGCCCCAGGUCCCUCUGGCAGCACUGGGCCCUGGGGUCGCCUCCUCCACCUUGUUCCCUCUGGAAAGCCUGUGAGGCCCCCUCCCAGGAGCCUUCUCGACCCUUCCUCGGUCAGAAUUACUUCCUCCUCACUCCUAAAAUGGCGCCAAGGGAAAGAAAAAAAUUGGAGGAAUUUAGCACCACCACCCCCUCCCCCAGACGCCGGAAGACUGUGUGCUUUCUAUGCAACUGCAGCUUCUAAGAAAAACCCUGAACCCCUCGUUUGCCAACAGAUGCCGCCCUUGAAGCCGUGGAAACUCUGGAGCAGCUCUCCUGCCCUCUGUGCCACUACAGCUCCUUGAUCUUGUUCAACAGUUCCUGCACCCUGGACAUGGCACUCCUCAGCUCCUCCUCCUUGGCCUUCAUCUCCUCCUCUUGCCGAGCCACAUUCAGGAGCGGCUUGACCUGGGCAGUGAGCAAGACCAUGGAGAGACAUCCCUUGGAAACAUAUUACUGUACUCUGACAACUGGAAUCCAGUAACAAAGAAUCAUCUUCGUAAGCAAUCGUGACACAGACCCUUCACCAAGAAUCUGCUCUGUCUUCUCUGAAAACGUCACACCUGCUGGGUCUCAGUUUCCCCAUAGCAACCAGGCGUGAUCCUGGCACUGGGCCAUACAAUAUCUAGGUGAAGACGGAGCACUCAGAUCUGGUCUUCCCCUAUCAAGUGACUGUGGCAGGUCACCUCAACAUCUGAAGCCUCAGUUUCCCCAUCUGUGAAAUGGGACUGAAAAUUCCUACCAUGUCAGAAGAAUCUAGCCAGGUGAUUUACUUCUUCCAGUCAGUAUGCCUACUUUAGAAGCUCCAGAAGAGAGGCUAAGGAAAUUUAAGUACCGAGGCAAAGAUGCAUCUGUGAGACGGCAGCAGCGGAUGGCGGUCACUCUGGAGCUCCGGAAGGCCAAGAAGGAUGAGCAGGCCUUAAAGAGAAGGAACAUCUCUGAGCUUUCCCCUGACCCACCAUCUGAGAAACCCGCCAAAGAGAUCAGCCUCACCUUGGAUGAAAUCAUCAAUGGAGUGAACAACUCAGAUCCAGACCUAUGUUUUCAGGCUACCCAGGCAGCCAGGAAAAUGCUGUCCCGGGAAAGGAACCCCCCUCUAAAACUGAUCAUUGAAGCGGGGCUCAUUCCUCGUCUGGUGGAGUUCCUGAAGUCACCCCUUUACCCCUGCUUGCAGUUCGAGGCAGCCUGGGCUCUGACCAACAUUGCUUCGGGGACAUCGGAGCAGACCCGAGCUGUUGUGAAAGGAGGAGCCAUCCAGCCCUUGGUGGAGCUCCUGUCUUCCCCCGACCUGACUGUGUGUGAACAGGCAGUGUGGGCUCUGGGUAACAUUGCAGGUGAUGGCCCAGAGUUCAGAGACAUCGUUAUCUCGAGCAACGCUAUCCCACAUCUGUUGUCCCUGGUUUCGUCAACCAUACCAAUCACGUUUCUGCGGAACAUCACGUGGACCUUGUCCAACCUGUGCCGGAACAAGAACCCAUACCCUUGCCCCAAAGCGGUGAAGCAAAUACUGCCCGUCCUCUUCAACCUCCUGCAGCACUAUGACAGCGAGGUUCUCUCGGACACCUGCUGGGCCCUGUCCUACCUCACAGAUGGCUGCAACGAGCGCAUCGGCCAAGUGGUUGACACGGGGGUCCUGCCCAGGCUGGUCCACCUUAUGAGAAGCUCAGAACUCAGUGUCUUGAUCCCUUCUCUCCGUACCGUGGGGAACAUCGUCUCGGGAACAGAUUACCAGACCCAAGUGGCCAUCGAUGCGGGUUUGCUGAGCGUGCUGCCCCAGCUCCUGGGGCACCCCAGGUCUUCCAUCCAGAAGGAGGCAGCCUGGGCCCUGAGCAACGUGGCUGCAGGGCCUUCCCAGCACAUCCAGCAGCUGAUUGCUCACGGCACACUGCCAUCCUUAGUGGCUCUGCUAAAAAACGGAGAAUUUAAAGUCCAGAAGGAGGCUGUCUGGAUAGUGGCUAACUUCACAACUGGGGGAACCAUGGACCAAUUGGUCCAGCUUGUCCACUCGGGAGUCUUGGAGCCGCUGGUGAAUCUGCUCACCGUCCAAGACAACAAAAUUGUUCUCAUCAUCCUCGAUAUCAUCUCUUAUAUCCUCCAGGCGGCAGAUAAAAUUUCCAAGAAGGAGAACCUGUGUCUUCUGAUAGAAGAGCUUGGAGGGCUGGAUAAAAUCGAGGCGUUACAACUUCACGAGAACCGUCAGAUUGCCCAGACUUCUUUGAGCAUUAUCGAGAACCACUUUUUCGAGGAAGAAGAUGGCAUAAUUCUCCCCAACCUGGAUGGAGAGCAUGAUCUCUUCAAGCCUGUAACGAAAAAAGCCUAAACCUUCACGGUUUCUAAACCGACAAUCAAAC